AUGCUGCCGCUCUCUAGCUUCUCCCUGCACCUCAAUGCACCUCUUCUCCUCUUCAUCUUCCUCUCAAGCCAAGCCCAGUUCCUGCAGGAGUCUAGGGCAAUACCGGGUCUCCUUCUCUUCACCCAGCCUUCCUAUAAUGCUUCCAUAUUUGAGAACUCCGCGGCUAGGACCUAUGCGAGGAGUGACGUGAAAAUGGGGGUCAUUCUUGCACCACCCCGCUCUUUAGACGUUAGAUACACCAUCGAUUCUGGAGAUAGUGAGGGAAUUUUUCAGGCUGAGGAGUAUGUAAUGGGAGACUUCUGUUUCCUCCGUAUACGCACAAAUGGAGGCAGUGGUGCCAUCUUAAAUCGAGAGGUACAAGACAAUUACACAUUAACCAUAAAGGCAUCUGCACAAGGAGGCUUAGAGGCUUUGGCCACAGUUUAUAUCAAGGUCCUGGAUACCAAUGAUCUCCGGCCUCUGUUCUCGCCAACCUCCUAUUCGAUUACAGUUCCUGAAAGUGCCUCUCUAGGGGCCAGCAUAGGCCGAGUAACAGCCACAGAUGCGGAUGUGGGCUCCAAUGGAGAGUUCUACUACUUCUUCAAGAACAGAGUGGAUCUCUUUGCUGUCCACCCAACCAGUGGGGUCAUCACCUUGACCGGCCGACCCAGAGUAGAGAGACAAGACCGGUUUGAGCUGGAGAUGCAGGUGGUUGACAGAGGGAUGAAACUCUAUGGGAACAAUGGCAUCAGCAGCACUGCCAAACUAGUGCUCACUGUGGAGCGGGUGAAUGAGUUUGCUCCUGUUCUAAGUGCAACUGCUGUCACACCACUGUGGUCAGACAAGAACCCAGUCUAUGCAUUGUUGGCUGUGGAAGACAAAGAUGAAGGUAUAUCUGGGGAUAUAGAGUGGGUGACUAUUAUUGACGGUGACCUCUUCGAGCAGUUUGUGAUUGACAGGUCACCAAUUGGUAAUGAGUAUCGGGUUAAAACUUCAGAAUCUGUAGACUGGGAUAAAUUCCCCUUCGGCUGUAAUUUGACCUUCCAGGCAAAAGAUAGGGGCACACCACCUAAAUUUUCCAACAUCCAGAGUGUUCAGUUGCUCGUGAAAAAGCCAGAGCCAGUAGUGGUUAAGUGAAAAGAUGUUUAUGAAGUCAAACUGAGUGAAAUAGCACCCCCCGGCACUAUCAUAGAGCUGCUGAAGAUCUCCCCUGCCCCUCUGAGUGUCAAUUACAGCUUCAGCGUGCUCUCCGAUCCAAUAUACUUUGAUAUAAAUCCUUUGACUGGAGCUAUCAUGACUACAAGAUCGUUGACGACAAUAUCCUCUGAGACUGUAGGGAUAGAGGUGAUUGACAUUGUCAGUCAACUACAAACAAAGCUCAAAAUCACCAUAGAGGACGCGAAUGACAAUACCCCGGCAUUCACAAGUCUCUUCUAUGAUAUUGCAAUCAACGAGAGCUUGCCAUUAGGCACAGUCGUUCUUGUGGUGUCUGCUGUGGAUGAUGAUAAAGGAGAGAACGGGUACAUAACCCACUCAAUAUCAGGUCUUGCAUCGCUACCAUUUACCAUUGACCAGGACACGGGUGAGGUGAGGAUUACAAGCGAGCUGGACUUUGAGUCCUCUGCAGAUGUCUAUACGUUUGCUGUGCGGGCCUCCGAUUGGGGGUCACCUUACACGGAGAGUGAGGUUAAUGUCACAAUUCGCCUGCUCAACAUCAACGACAAUCAACCGUUUUUUGAGAAGGUGUCCUGCAGGGGGAUGAUAGGUCGGGAUUUCCCUGUCGGCCAAACUAUUCUCACUCUAUCUGCCAUAGACAUAGAUGAGCUGGGAAUGGUGAAGUACAAAAUACUAUCUGGUAAUGAACUAGACUACUUCACUUUGAACCAAGAUUCGGGGGCCUUGUCACUGAAGAGAACAUUAACAGCGGCUAAUCUAAAAAGCGGGGUAUUCAACCUUAAAGUCGUGGCAACAGAUGGAGAAUUCUCGGACUCUACGUUUGUGAAUAUGUCUGUUGUAAGAGGUAGGAUGCCAGCCAGAGGUUUCAACUGCAAAGAAACCCGAGUGGCACAGCUGCUGGCGGAAAAAAUGGUUACCAAAGCCUCUGCUAUGGGUGAGACAAGAAUGGAUGAGCGAUACACCGACCUUUUUUCUGUCAACAAGCAGGCUCCUCAGUUUGAGGCCUUGCCCGGUAGUAUUCUUGUAAGGGAAGAUCUUGCUACUGGUGCCAGUGUAUUUCAGGUGAGAGCACGAGAUGGCGAUACAGGCUUCAACGGGUAUAUCCUCUAUUCCAUACCUGAGGGUAACAAAGAAAACUGCUUCACUAUUAACAUGGAGACUGGUUUAAUAACCGUAUUACGACCACUUGACCGUGAGAGGUGUGACCGCUACUUCCUCAACAUCACCAUCUACGACCACGGUUUCCCCCAGAUGUCGAAUUGGCGGCUGCUGACGGUGAUCGUUGAGGAUGCAAAUGACAAUGACCCGCAGUUCUACCAGGGGGACUACACCACCCUCGUGUCGGAGAACUCUGCCAUUGGCACCGAGGUGAUCACCAUCACGGCGUUUGACAAAGACGCGGGUCAAAAUGGACAGGUGUACUAUACGCUGCUGACAAGUGUCCCUCAGUUUGGCAUAGACAGAGAAAGUGGAAGUGUGUUCGUUGCCAGCCAGCUUGACAGAGAAGCGUCUCCGACUUUCAGCUUGAAGAUUGAGGCCAGAGACAAAGCAGAGAGAGGCACCCAGAGGUCCACAGUGACUACACUGAGUAUCAUAGUGAGCGAUGUCAACGACUGUGCUCCGGCUUUUAUUCCGAGCAGCUUCAGUGCCAGGGUGCUGGAGGACCUCCCGCCCGGGGCUGUGAUCACUUGGGUGGAGGCCCGAGAACAAGAUGUCGGCCCUGGUGGGCAGGUCCGAUAUUCCUUGAUGAAUGACUUCAAUGGCACCUUUGAGGUGGAUCCUGUGAAUGGGAUGUUGAGGAUUGGAAAGGAGCUGGACUAUGAAAGACAACCAUUUUACAACUUAACUGUAUUGGCUGAGGACAGAGGAGUUCCCAGGCUCAGCGCUCAAACAUACGUAGAAGUCGAGGUGGUGGAUGUUAAUGAGAAUCUGUAUGCACCCUACUUCUCCGACUUUGCCGUGAGGAGCUCAGUGAAGGAGAACUCUCGAGCGGGCACAAGUGUUCUGACUGUCAGCGCUAAGGACGACGACGAAGGCAGGGAUGGAGUGCUGAGGUACUCCAUCAGAGGAGGCCGCGGACUGGGCAGCUUCUCCAUUGACGAAGAAACAGGAGUCAUUUACACCACCGGCAUCCUGGACUGCGAAGCCAAAGACUCCUAUUGGUUGACGGUCUUUGCCACAGACAGAGGAGCUUCGCCCCUGUCAGCCUCCAUUGAAGUCUUCAUUCAGGUGGAGGAUGUCAAUGACAACGCCCCUCUGACCUCUGACCCUAUCUACCACCCGGUUGUGAUGGAGAACUCUCCCAAAGAUGUGUCGGUCAUCCGUAUUCAGGCGCAGGACCCCGACCUCACCGCCACGCCCAGUCGUCUCAGUUACCGCAUCACUGCCGGGAACCCGCAGAACUUCUUCUCUAUCAACCCCAAAACAGGGUUGAUCGCAACUACGGCGAGGAAGCUGGACAGAGAACAACAGGCAGAGCACUUCUUGGAGGUUACGGUGAUAGAUGGCCCAGUGACCACCCGCCAGUCCACCGUGUGGGUCAUAGUUCACAUCGAGGACGAGAACGACAACCCGCCCACCUUCCCAGAGAUCACCUACCGCAUCAGCCUUCCGGAGCGAGACCGCAACAAGCGCGGCGACCCGAUCUACCGCGUGUUCGCCUACGACCGUGACCUGGGAGCCAACGGCAACAUCACCUACAGCAUCGUCGACGGCAACGAGGAGGAGAAGUUUACCAUCGACCCCAGGACCGCCAUGGUGUCAUCGAAGAAGAUGGUCACGGCGGGGAGCUUCGAUAUUCUCACAAUAAAAGCUGAGGACGGCGGCGAUCCUCCGUUAUGGUCUACUGUUAGGCUCCACAUUGAGUGGAUUCGCAAGCCUAUCCCCUCGCCAUUGCCCCUGCUGUUUGCCAAAAGAUAUUAUAACUUCUCUGUGACGGAGACGGCGGCCGUGGCUCAGCCGGUGGGGGUGGUCUCCGUCCGCCAGUCCAGCACACGGGUCUGGUUUGAUAUCAUUGGAGGAAGACUCGCCAGAGAGAUGUUCUACAUCCCGCAGAACGCAUGUGGAAGCAACUGCUCACUUGACACAGGCAGCUUUGACAUGCAGUUUGACCUUCAGAUGGGGAUGGGGACGAUUGUUGUAGCCAAGCCCCUGGAUGCAGAGAUACAGUCGGUCUACAACAUGACUAUACAAGUUACAGAUGGGACGAAUGUUGCCAUGGCACAGGUAUUCAUUCGGGUGUUGGACAGCAACGACAACCCUCCCAUCUUCUCCCAGUCCACCUACGACGUCAGCGUGUCAGAGGACACACCAGUGGACACGGAGCUACUGCGCGUCAGGGCGUUGGAUAUAGACGACCAUGCUCGCCUGAGCUUCUCCAUCUACGGCAGCGUUGAUCCAGCAAGCAUGAGACUGUUCAGAGUCAACCCUGGUACUGGAGUUGUCUACACUACAGACAGACUGGACUACGAGGCCAGGACACAGCACAUCCUCACUAUCAUGGUCAAAGAUCAGGAGUUUCCAUUUAACCGUGACCUGGCUCGUAUCCUGGUGGCGGUGGAGGACUCCAAUGAUAACAUCCCCUACUUCACCAACACCGUGUAUGAUGCGGUGACUUAUGAAUCUUCCCCUUCAGGCACUUCCGUACUGCAAGUGACAGCUCUAGACAAAGACAAUGGCAUCAAUGGACAACUCUCUUACACCAUAGAAGCAGGUAACACAGGCGGCGUGUUUGGCAUAGAUAAGUCCACGGGCCUUAUUUUCACUGCCAGAGAUGUCGAUCUUACCUCGGUUGGCUUUUACAUCCUCACUGUACGAGUCAUAGACGGCGGAUUUCCUCCAUUAAUGGCUACAGCCUCAGUCCGCAUCUCCCUGAUGCUCUCUGACAUCUCCAAACCUAAAUUCCCCCAGAGAGAAUAUCAGGCCGAGGUAAUGGAAAACAGCACCAUUGGCAGCUUUGUGACAACCGUCAGUGCCCUUAGCCGCUCUGCGCUCGUUUAUGAUAUCAUUGGAGGCAACGAGGAGCGCUGCUUCUCCCUUAACCAGCAUACUGGUGUCAUCACUACACGCAAACUGCUGGAUUUUGAGCGGGCUGCAUCCUACAUUCUGGUGGUGCAUGCCCUGAGCAUGGCUGGAGUGGAGGCCAGUACCACUGUCAUUGUCCAGGUGGGGGAUAUCAAUGACAGCCCGCCUGUCUUCCAACAGAUCAGGUAUGCGGGUGCAAUAAGUGAGAAUGCCCCAGUGAACAGCGUGGUGCAGGGAGAGGAUGGCAACCCUCUAGUCAUCCUGGCCUCAGAUCAAGACCGCAACCACAACGCCCUGUUAGUUUUCCAGAUCAUAGACGAGACCGCGGGCAUGUUUUUCAGCGUGGACUCAGGAACCGGGUCCAUCCGAACGAUUUCCACUCUGGACUUUGAGACCUUCUCUGAAUUCUUCUUCCGUGUUCAUGUGAGAGAUAGUGGUCAGCCUCCAAGGACUGCCGACAGCCCAGCAGAAGUGGUUAUAAAGGUGAUCAACAUAAACGACUCCCCUCCCAAGUUCUCCCAGGACUCGUAUGAAACGGUCCUUCUUCUCCCAACUUACGUCGGUGUGGAGGUUUUGAGGGUGGAGGCCUCGGACCCUGAUUUUACCCCUGAACUCAGCGUGGACUCUGACACCUCCAUUGGCCCCCAGUUGGUGUACUCCAUCGCUGACAGCACUCUGGAGCACUUCUCCAUUGAACCAUCCACUGGUGUUGUGACUGUCACGAACCAAAACCUCAUCAAAGACCGCUAUCGCUUCAAUGUCAAGGUGCGGGAUGGGCGCUACUCCAGCAUGACGUCAGUCACUGUGCUGGCCCGAGAAGCCAUGGACAGUGGCCUCCUCUUUGCCCUGCCGUUCUACUCUGCCUCUAUCCCAGAAAACAUAAAAAACGUCACCAUUGUGACGGUCAUCAAUGCCGUCGGCCACCAUCUCAAUGAGCCAUUGAGGUUUUCCCUCCUAAACCCCGGCGGGCGCUUCACAAUUCGGCCGACCUCUGGGGUGGUGCUGACCACGGGGAUGCCCUUCAACCGCGAGGAGCAGGAGUUUUAUGAACUGGUGGUGGAGGCCAGCAGAGAGUUUGACAUUCUGAGAGUGGCCAGGGUCACUGUACGGGUACAGGUGGAGGACGUGAAUGACAAUGCUCCGGAGUUUGUAAACCUCCCCUAUUACGCUGCUGUGCAGGUGGAAGCGCAACCAGGGUCAGCCAUCUUCAGGGUCACUGCCACAGACAGGGACUAUGGCCUGAAUAAGGAGGUGACUUACAGCCUCAAGGAGCAGCACAGAAACUUUCAAAUGAACCCUGUGACAGGACACCUGACACUGAAGAGGGCCUUCGAGGCAGACCUAUCCAACGCAGAGUACAAGGUGGUCAUCAUUGCAACUGAUGGUGGCUCACCACCUCUCUCCAGUGAGGUGGAAUUACCCGUCACUAUAGUCAACAAAGCCAUGCCGGUGUUUGACAAGCCCUUCUAUGGAAUCACUGUCAUGGAGGAUGUGGCCAUCUCCACCCCUGUCCUGUGUAUCAACGCCACCAGUCCCGAAGGACAGAGUGUUGUCUACACCAUAACAGAUGGAGACCCUUCUUUGCAGUUUGACAUCGGCUUUGACUCAGGGGUCAUAAGUGUAAUUUAUCCAUUAGACUAUGAGAGCAUCCAGUACUACAGGUUAACAGUGAAGGCUACAGAUACACUGACCGGGGCCAGAUCAGAGGUUGAUGUGGAUAUCGCUGUGCUGGAUGUGAAUGACAACCCCCCACUGUUUCAGAAUAUCUCAUACUCAUCUGUGCUGCCUGAGAACUCCAUGAUUGGAUCGCCUGUCCUGCAAGUUCUUGCCCAGGACCAGGACUCUGAGAAGAACGCCGCGGUGAGCUACCAGAUUUUGCCCGACAUCUACAACAGCACAGACUACUUCCACAUUGACAGCAGCAGCGGGCUGAUUCUUACGGCCCGCAUGCUUGACUAUGAGGUCACCCAGCGCCACAACUUCAUCGUCAGAGCGGUGGACAGCGGCGAGCCGGCUCUCAGCAGCGACGUCAGCGCUACGGUGACGGUGACGGACACCAACGACAACCCCCCCAACUUCAGCCGAGCGCUGUACGAGGCCUAUGUGAGUGAGGUGGCUCCUCAAGGCCACUUCGUGACCUGCGUGCAGGCGUCGGAUGCAGACAUCUGUGACGGCAAGAGGCUGAGGUACAGUAUUCUCUCCGGAAACGAGAGGAUGACCUUUACCAUGGACCCAGAUACAGGGGUGCUCAGUCUGUCCAACAAGAGACGACAGGCCACGAGGCUCUCCUACCAUCUCAACGUGUCUGUGUCUGAUGGAGUCUUUACCAACACCGCCCAGGUGAGUGUGCGUGUACUAGGAGCAAACCUGUACAGCCCAGUGUUCAGCCAAAGGUUCUACCUGGCUGAGGUCAGAGAAAAUGCCCCUCAAGGUACAAAGGUCAUUCAGGUGCAUGCGACAGACGAGGACUCGGGUUUUUUCGGCCAGAUCACCUACUCCUUCAUCAAUGACCUGGGGAAGACACAGUUCACCAUCGAAGCAGAUGGAUUCAUAUCUACCGCCCAGAAACUAGACAGAGAGAACCCGGUUAACAAGGACAUGGUGCUGACUGUUAUGGCCCUUGACGGUGGAGGCCGGGCAUCGUUCUGCACGGUGCGAGUGGUCCUAGCUGACGAGAAUGACAAUGCCCCUCGAUUCAGAGCCGUGGAGUACCGGAUGAGCAUUAAGGCUAACGUUGCCAAGGGUUCGCUGGUCACUCAAAUCCAGGCUACUGACCCUGACGCCGGGCCCAACGGAAGGGUCACCUACUCCCUUUAUAGUGAGGCACGCCUGUCUCUGGUUGAUGUUCUGGAGGUGGAGCCAGACAGUGGAUGGAUGAUGACCAAAAGCACCGUGGACCACCUCCAGGGUACUGUCCUGUCCUUCUUUGUCAAAGCUACCGAUGGAGGAACGCCCGCAAAACACUCCCUGGUGUCUGCUUUUAUUCACGUGCUCCCUCCAGAUGCCUUCGUUCCCUCCUUCAGCCAGCCACAAUACUCAUUCACCGUCCCCGAGGACACGGUGGUGGGUACAGCUCUGGGGUCCGUCUAUUUGGGCCCUGAGCAGACUGGCUUCUUUACUGUGGUCGGAGGGGAAACCCUGGACAGUAACCAGGGAAGGACCUUCAUGGUUGAGAGAGAGACAGGACUUAUUCGGCUGGUCAAGCCUCUGGACUAUGAGCAGGUUGGCAUCUUCCGCUUCAAAGUUUCAGCAACAACAAGACGAGAUCUCAUCGAGUCUGUCUCCACUGUGGACCUGGAGGUUAAGAUUCUAGAUGUGAAUGAUAACAAGCCAGCGUUUGAGACCAGCACAUAUGUCGCCACAGUAAUGGAGGGCCUGCCAGUGGGGACUCGGGUGGUCCAGGUGCGUGCUCUUGAUCCAGACUGGGGCUCCAAUGGACAGGUAACCUACACCCUCGGACCCCUGCUGACCCAAAACUUCGAGAUGAAAAACGAUGCCGGCUCUACAAGCACCGCCUCUUACAGUGGCCCCACCACCACAGGUUCUGUCUUUGCCAUCGACAGUAAAACAGGAUGGAUCACCACAACGAGCCUGAUGGACCACGAGACUUGCUCCAGCUACAGCUUCGAAGUAGUGGCGUCCGACCUGGGCGAGCUGCAGUCCCUCUCCUCCACCACGGUGAUAACCAUCACGGUGUCAGACGUCAACGACAACCCACCGCGGUUUGAAAGGGAAUACUACCGGGGGGCUGUCAAGGAGAGCGACCCCCUCGGGGAGGUGGUGGCGGUCCUGAGCACAACGGAUGGAGAUGGCUCGGAACAAAACUGCCUCGUCAGUUACCAUAUUACUGGGGGUAACCCACGCGGAGUGUUUGGGCUGACCCGGGUUCAGGGCGAGUGGAAGGUGUACGUGAGUGGUCUUCUGGACCGGGAGCAGCAGGAUUGGUAUCUGCUCAACAUCACAGCCAGCGACGGCCUGUACGUCACUCGCACCGCUGUAGAGGUCACAGUCAUGGACGCUAACGACAACAGUCCCAUCUGCAACCAGGCGGUGUAUAGUGCCUCUUUUCCUGAGAACAUCCCCGUUAACAAGGGCAUCCUGACAGUGGGAGCGACAGAUGCUGACUCAGGCUUCAGUGCUGAGAUCCAGUACACACUGUUUGGCAUCGGAGUGGAAGACUUCUACAUGGAUGCCAACACUGGCGAAUUGCGUACGGCCACCGUUAUGGAUCGGGAAAAGACGGCGGUCUACAAGCUCAUCGCCCAGGCCACCGACGGAGGCGGGCUCUUCUGUCGCUCUGAAAUUGCUCUCCGGCUACUGGACGUGAACGACAACGCGCCCUCCUUCUCCUCCACUCAGUACAUGACCAGCGCUUACGAGAACGCCGCGCCUAAGGCCCUCCUCACCAGGCUGCAGGCCAGCGACCCUGACGAAGGUCUCAACCGUUCGUUGGUCUAUUCACUGGUGGAUUCGGCCGACGGCUUCUUUUCCAUCGACCCCGUGUCCGGGGUGGUGAUCCUGGAGAGGCCUCUGGACCGGGAAAUUAAAGACAUCUAUCAGAUUCGUGUUCAGGCCACUGACCAAAAUGGGCAGCAGGGGGCGCUGUCCUCACAGGUUGACCUAACGGUGGUGGUCCUGGAUGUCAACGACAACGCUCCAGUGUUUCAGAGGAGGGACUACGCGGUCACCGUCCCCGAGGACGUCGCUGUGGGGACGGAGGUGCUGCGUGUGUUGGCGACCAGCGUUGACAUCGGACCGAAUGCGGAGAUCACCUACAACAUACGCUCCGGCAACGAGCUGGGGAAAUUCGUCGUAGACAGGACCCGGGGCUCCGUUUCUGUGGCUGACGAUCUGGACUUCGAGGUGUGUAAGGACUAUUACCUGACCAUUGAGGCCUGGGACAACGGAUCCCCUCCUCUCAGCACUGCCACCAUGGUAACCAUUGAGCUCAUGGACGUCAACGACAAUGCACCCGCCUUCAAUCAAGACAUCUACAAUGUGCUAGUCAGCGAAGACGCCUCAGUCGGGCAGACGGUUACAAGGUUGCUGGCAGAAGACCUGGAUAGCCAGGUGAACGGGCGAAUCACCUACUCCAUCCUGAAAGGUGACCGCAGCAACCAGUUCUGGAUCGACCCCGUCGCAGGCCUGCUCAAAGUCAAUAAGCGGCUGGACCGCGAGUUGGUGUCCAGGUAUUCUCUCUCGGUGCAGGCGUUUGACAGUGGCUCCCCCGCCAUGUCCUCCACCGUUACUGUCAACAUCAAUAUCUCCGACAUCAACGACAACCCCCCCGUCUUCUCGCCGCCCAACUCCACUGCGAUUAUUCAGCUGAAUCAACCGGCGGGCGCCAGCCUCCUGAAACUGUUGGUCAGCGAUAUAGACUCCCCCAGAAACGGUGCCCCGUUCGAGUUCCGCAUCCUGUCUGGCAACCAGGGCGACUUCUUCUCCCUGGACCAGGCGGGAACGCUGAGGUCCAGUCGGGUGUUUGGACCCGAGGCCCCAAGGGAGUUCACGCUCGAGAUCCAGGCCAGUGACUCCGGCAAACCCCGUCUGAGCUCCUCUUCCUGGGUGUUUCUGAGGGUGAUCGGGAACAGCCAGUACAAACCCUCAGUCUCCGCCCUGGAGAUAUUCAUUGUUAUGGUGACAGAUGUCUUCCCGGGUGGUCCGAUUGGUCGGAUCCAUGCAACAGACCGGGACGCCAACGAUGUUCUUUCAUUCACCCAGAGGCCCCAGCUCAAGAGCAUGUUCGCAAUCAACAGACAAGAUGGCAGCAUCAUGGCUCUGCCAGGACUGGAACCUGGGAGGUACCAGAUGAACGCAACGGUGAGCGACGGACGUUUCGCUGUGAUAGCAGAUGUGUCUGUCCAGGUCAAGCAGGUGACGGACGUGCUGUUGCGCAGCGCCCUCACUUUGCGCUUCAGUUCCCUGUCCCCGGAGGAUCUCCUGGGUCGCUACCUUAGCCAGAUCAAACUGAUGCUCCGCGGGCUGGCCGGCUGGAAAUGGUCCCCAGCGCAGCAGGAUCCCCUCCAUGUCCUCAGUGUGCAGCCUGUGAUGGGGACUCCUGACGUGGACUUGCUCCUGGCCAUGGAGAGGCCAGAUGCGUCAGGGAGCGGUGGGAUGGGAGGAUUUUACACCCACCAAGAGUUGGCCACGCGCCUGGAGGAGGCUGGCACACGUGGCCAGUUCGGGGGGGUCUUCGCAGGGGCAGUAGUGGUGGGCCAAGCUUGCUCCGGGGAGCUGGAGUGCGGGGAGAGGGUGUGUGAACAGACAACAGUCAUGGAGCCGAAGUCUCUGGUCACUUACAGCACCGAGAGGGUUAGUCUGGUGUCGCCGAGGUUCGGCCGAACGGAGACCUGCGUCUGCCCCGGAGGAGCAUGCCCUACCCCUCUGGAGCUUUGUGAAGGUCAGUCCUGCCCGGCAGACAUGCAGUGCGUUCGCUCAGGUCCUACAGCCCCCUCUGUCUGCCAGUGCCAGCCUGACAGGCUGGACGAGUGUGCAGGCCAAACCUCGCUGAGCUUCUCGGGGAACAGCUAUAUCAAGUACCGCGUGACGGAGCGCGGCCAGAGCGGCGAGAUGAGGCUCGGCCUGCGGAUCAGAACACUGCAGACAAGAGGAGUCAUUAUGUUCACGCGUGUUAACCCCUGUACCAUGCUGAAGAUUGAGGGGGGGCGGCUCUGGUUCCAGCUGGACUGUGACAAUACCCUUGGCAUUAUGGGUAUCUCCGGCAGACCGAUUAACGAUGGACUCUGGCAUGCAGUUGCCUUGGAGCUGACCUGUAACUACACCCUGCUGUCAUUGGACGACAGCUACGUAGAGCGCCGCAGAGCCGCCAGGGCCCCCGUCCGCCUCUGGCCUCUGGCCCCAGAUUCGUCCUUCUUCUUUGGGGCUCAGGUGAGGCCGCCGACCGGACUGGGUGAGAGACCAAGCCUGGGGCCGGGGAGAGUCCAGGGUCCGGGACUGAGAGAUCGGGCCGUGAGGGGUUCCCCGAGGGCACAGGACGGGUUCCAGGGCUGCCUGGGCUCACUGAUGCUGAACGGCAAUGAACUGCCUCUCCAGAACAAGAGAAGCCGAUACGCCGAGAUAGCCGGGUUGAGCGAAGUCAAGCUGGGCUGUGUGCUUUAUCCGGAUCCCUGCAUCAGCCAGCCUUGUCUUAACGGGGCCAUCUGCAGCAGCCUGCCCUCUGCAGGCUUUGUGUGCACUUGCAGUGCAGGAUUUACCGGGGCACGCUGCGAGGUGGAGCUGACAUCCUGCAUGCCCAAUCCAUGUCAGAAUGGAGGCGACUGCAAGCCCGUGGGCACUGCCUUCCUCUGCGGCUGUCCCAGAGGACUUGUGGGCAUUAUAUGUGAUGAGGAUGUAAACGAGUGUGACCGAGAGGAGUGUGAGAACGGCGGGGAGUGUGUGAACAUGUUCGGGGCGUUUUACUGCAACUGCUCAGAGGGGUUCGAGGGUCAGUUCUGCGGAGAUCGGAUCCCUGCAGACCUGAACGGAGACACGCAGGUCGAGCCUCUGUCAUACGUUGGACCGGGAGAGAUAAUCGGCAUCGGGGUCCUUAUCUUCGUUAUCCUCCUCCUCUUUAUACUCUUCAUUGCCUUCAGGAAAAAGAUCCCCUUUAGGAAAGAGACUGACCCCGGCCCAGGGACCCAAGCCGCAAUGGGCGUCUCCACCAUUUCCACAGAGACCAGCUACAUGCUGCGCAAGACUGGCAUGGGGGUGGAGGGGAUUGAGUUCAAGGCCGUGCUUGUAUCGGGCUCCCCUGGGGCCGCAAGUGCCUACGGUGAUGGGGGAGGAAGCAGCGGGGGUCCCCCUCAGGUUAUGGUGCGUCCCAAUACCCACUCCCCCCUACCUGGAGUCUACUGCAGCCAGCCUGCAAGAAGCAUGGAUUGUGACAAGACCACCUCCAGUGAGGGCAGUCAGCUGAGCAGUUUCCUGUCAGACUUGGCUCAUAACAGGGGGGGCGGCGGCGGCGGCGGCGGCAGGAGGGGCAUCGCUGUGUGCAGCGUGGCGCCCAAUCUCCCGUCAGCGUCGCCCUGCCGCUCAGAGCACAGCCCCUCCCACAAAGUGUCCUGGGAAGGAGAGGAAAACAGGGAGGAAGGGCAAGAAAGAGCGAGAGACGAGAGAGAGGAGGAGUGGGAGCAGAGAGCCUAUGAGUUUGAGAGAACACAGAGAGCCAGCAGUCCACAGGAGGUAUCUAACAUGAUGGAAGAGGUGACACGUUUCUCAGACACCACCUCUGAGGUCCGCUCCACCAGUUCCUACACCUCCGAAUCCUUCGACGACAACGCCUCCAUAGUGACCGUCAUUCGGCUGGUCAACGAUGCUGUUGAUAGUGCUGAAAAUGAAGCGCCGGCCGUGGACAGAGAGCGGUGUCACGACAGCCCCGUGAGUCAUCAUCACCUGCGGUGCAGGGAUGAGAUUUGUGUCAAGUUCGUCAAAGAGUACAUUGUGGAUUCAUACCACCGGGAGUCUUCCAGUCGCUCUUCUAGCUGGUUGUCACCGUCACGUCUGCGGCCCCCACAGCUGGAAUCCCAGUUUGACAUCAGUGAGAACCCCCAGGCCAUCAGACGAGGAGGCAGCACACACUCACUCCAGCUGGACUACAGAGUAACGGACUACACCGGGGAUGGAGGCCGAGAUCAGGGCCACGAGGCUGGGCGGAGGAUCUUCCAGUGGGAGAGGAAUCAAUCUGGGGAGUGGGAGAGGCGAUGCCCGCUGAAAAAAGAUGAAAGCAAGGGACGCAGUGGGAAGGAAAAGUCCUCAGGCAUCAGAAGCAGAAACACAGGGGCACGUGAGGACCACAGAGACCAUCAGCAGUUGCACGACCAUGGAAGCUGCGAAGACAACUCCUCACCCGUCUAUGAGGAGUAUCGAGAGGCCGCACAGCAAAACCAAGAUCCCGACAGCCUAUAUGACACUCUGCCCCCAACUCGCCGGGCCUAUGAAGGAUACCCGCCCACCCCUCCAGGCCUCAACCUGCACCCUGCUCAGCUUCUGCCCCCGCUGCGAGCUUGGGAAGGACAGAUAGAAGAGUGGAGGGAAUCAGGGGAGGAUCAUGGAGAACUUGGCUCCAGAGGCCUAGAGGGUUCUGGGGACGAGCUGGAGAGACUCCUGAAUCUGGUCUCCCUUAGGGCCAGAAGAGCCACACGCAUAAACAGAGCCUCAACUGGAUCAGAGCCCACAACAAGCUGGGCCGAUUUUUGA